GGGGGUCGAACUUCCUUGGGGUGGGAGGCUUUCAACAGGAUCAAAGGCCGGCGCAGAAUUGGCCCGGAGGGGGGGCUGGCGCAUGGAAUGGGCCGGGGUUCUGGUUUCCUCAGGGCAACGUUCAGUGGACAAACGAAGGCCCGAAAGCGGGAAAUUGGUCGACAGGGGGGCAGGAGGGCCAGGAAUCUGCGCAGCCAGGCGUGCAAACCGGCGGUCUGCAUUCUGCGAGUGAGCCUCGGUCGUCCCAGAUGGGGGGGGGAUAUGGCGCUGGGCAGAGAGGGGGGGGUGUUGGUGGCCCUGGGCAAGCCCCCCCCAGGGGGUACUGGCAGGAGCCUUCAAGGGAGAGGCUACCCCCAGUUGAAGAAUCUCGCGCCUUGGGUCAGAAGCAAGCCGAGUUUCAGGAGGAGAGGAGAGUGCCAGAAGCUCCCAGUUGGAAUGAUUCCGGGCAGCAUGCACUCAGGGGGCAGGGACCGAUGUCCUCCCACAGGGGGGGAAGGGGUUUGAACGAAGGCCAACAAAAGGCAGGGUACCAGUACGGAAGGGGGUCCGGUCAGGGCCGUGAAACAGGGGGGUUUGAGGCGCCUGCUUCUGGAGGUCUGCAAAGGGGGGGCUCUCUAGGGGGGUGGUACCAUUCCGCAGCCGCUGAGACACAAGCAGGCGCUCAGAGAGAAAGCGCACACCCCCAGAGCCAGGAAAGCGAAUCUGCUCAGCAGCCAGAGGCCUGGCAGCACCGGCAACGGCCUGGGACAGGUGACCGGCAGCAGGCGUCAGAAGCUGCCAUAUGGCAGCAGAUGACUGAUGCCAGCGGCUCGUGGCGAGGACAGCCGAGCUUCCCCGAGCCGGAGUAUCGGCCCCAGAGCUCAGGGGGUCUCCCGUCAGACGCCUCAGCGAACUGGCCGCGCUUUCCUGGGUACGGGGGUUUUGGUGCGCCGCCGUUCGGUUUGGGCAGUUUCCCCUCGUUCGUUUCCCAGGGGUUUGAGCAGCCCCCGCAGGCAGCCCCCCCUGCGCGCCCUGACGCGGGGCGCAUUGUGGCGGAGACGUUUGAGAUGCUGAAGAAGGACAUGAUGGUUCCGCCCCAGUGGGAGGCAUACCGCCAGGCUGCAGCAAACCUCGCCAUGGCGUCGGGGUUUGCUCCCGGUCCUCCGGGGUUCGGGGGCUUGGGGUUCCCGUUCGGCGGGUUUCCCAGUUUCGGGCGGCCACAGCCGGGCCAAAUGACCCCUCCGCAAGAGGAAGCCGUGCGUCCAAAGUCGUCAGAGGUGACUGUUCGGGGACGGCCAAACACGCCGGAGUGGUCGGAGGACCCGGGGGAGGGGGUGCCGAUGGAAGAAGCGUACCAAAAUGCUCGGCUGCCGUCUGGCGGGCAGGCGUGGGAGAGGGGUCCUGCUGAGCCUCGGGAAAGGAGCCGUGGUGAACCGGGUUGGAGCCAGGGCAAUAGGCAAUGGGAAGGUCCGGAGGAAAAUGCAGCGGGGGGUCCGGAACGGUCUGGAGAGUACGGGGACCGUGGCGGGAGAGCGUCGGAGGGGCGGCUGGCGAACAGACGUCCAGCGUCCAACAGCCGCCAAACCGAGGAAGUGUCCGAGGAGAGAAAUGUGCUCAGGAUGCAGGGGGGGAGUGCCGCGGUGGCCAGCGCAGGCGGCGAAAAGCGCAAGCAGCGGGGGGGCGGGUUUGAUCUGAACCUCGACCUGAACCUCAGCGUGAGCGGUUCAGAAGAAGGGGAGCGGUUCCGGGCGUCCGAAGAGGGGGGCCGGUUCCGGGCGUCCGACGAGGGGAAUCGUUUUCGGGCGCCCGAAGAAGGGGCCCGGUUUCGGGAGUCCGGAAAGGACGGGGGGAACGGGAGGGAUCCGGAUUCCGAGGUGCGCGAGCAUUUGCAGGCGGGAAAGCGCAAUGCGAGGCUGGAGGAGGAGGAGCGGCGGCAAGAGGCGCAGAGGCGCCAAGAGGAGAGGGAAACAGGGGAGCAAUGGCCGGCGAGGGGGGUAGAAGAGCGGGGUGGUGGGGCGCACUCUGAACCCGGAUCAAGAGAUUCGCAACAUACCACCCCGCAGCAGCAAAACGACUCCCAGUUCACCGGGCAGCCCCCUCCCCAGCAGCAUUUCUACCCCCAGGAACAACGUGGGUCCCAAGCUUCGGCUCAGGGGUCUGGCAACGCCAGCGAAACCAACCCCCUGCUCGGGUCCUUCGCCCCGUUCGCCGAACUCAUGCAACACUUUGCCCCCCACGGACUUCCCCCCUCAAACCUCCCGCCCAACCAGAAUCUAGCCCCUCCUUUCAUGAUGUCCCCCGGGGCGGGUCCCCGCCCGAUGCCCUUCAACUCUGGCAUGAACCCAAUGGACAGCUGGCUCAGGGCGCUGGCUUAUCAAAACCCGGCGACGCUUAUGGCCGCUUAUCACCUGGCGGGUUUAGGCAUGCAGGCGCCCAAUCCUCCGAACCCCAGACCGAGCAUGCCUGGCUACCCAGACUACCCCCCCGUAACGGAAUCGCGCCAGGACUUUGCUCCGCGGACCCUGAGUGGGGGGAUGGAUGUGAAGCGGCAGCCAGAGGGAAACCCCCACGGGAUCGAGAAGCGACAGAAGCUGAAUCACCAGGGGGGGUCCCACGGGGGCAGCAGCGGAGCGGUGAGCGAUGCGGAGCGGACGGUGGUGAGUGACGGGGGGCUGCAGAGGCCCUGGAAAGCAGACCCCUGGCAGGCGCGCGGUGCAGAGUCCGCGCGGGAGGGGGGGGGAGACGCGAUCGAGUGGGACGGAACUAGCACGGGGACGAAGCGCGGCCGGACCAAGGGCACUGUCGAGCCGCUGUUCCCGCACGUGAGCAUCCUGCCGACGCCCAAGCCCGCGUUCAAGAAGCCGCCGCCCCUAGUUCUGUUGCGCGACGGGUCGACCGUCGAGCUGAAGAAGCUGUCGCCCGCCAAGCGGCGGGAGCUGAAGAAGGAGCGGGAGUCGCACCGCAUGGGGGGGUCGGACGCGGGGAAGGGCUCGGGGGCUUCGGCGAAAGGUUCCGCGUCGGGGGGACCGGCUGCGGCGCCCAGCGAGGGGGGGGCUUCCGCGGAGCGGGGUUUUAGCCGGGGUUUGGAACUUUCGCAGAGCCCCCGUAGUACAUCGGAGGAGGCGGCGGCGAAAGAGAUGGGGCCCGGGCAAGGGGGCGACGAUAAGUCGAUUCUGUCGGAGUCCGAGGAAGCGCCGACGGUGAUUAACGAGGGGUCGCAGCUGGUGAACAAGGAAGCGUUACCGACGGUAACGACGAUCGGGCAGUCGAGUCGGGGGGACGGCAGCGGGAGCGACUCGACGGUGGCGGGGGGCCGGGCGCUGGAAGCCGCAGCGAUUGCGGUGCCGUCGGCAAAGUCCAGCGAAGGUUUGCGCCCAAGCGUGAAGGCGCGCAACGAGGGAAGCCGGGGGGGCGCUAGCUGCGGGACCGAGUCUGGACGACUGGAGGGGAGGAAGGAUCACGAUCACGACGAGGACGACAAGGGGGAUAACAAGGGGCCGUCUUCCGGGUAUGUCGGGCAGGGAAUGUCUUUGGGCGAUCACGGGGCGGCUAAGGGAGCGGAAAAGAGCUCGAAGGAUGGGGUUAAGGCGGGGUCGGGUUCAGGGUCGGGGUCCGGCUCGGGUUCGGACCGUUCUCAGGGAAGGCGGGUCCAGCAAGGAUUGUUGAGCAUGAAGAUUCAUCAAUGCAAAGUCGUGGCUGCGAAGCGCAAGGGCUGCUUUUCGCUUGGGAGCGGGCGCCUCGCACUCAAGAAGGCUGGGCCCGGGGUUCCAGGUUUGGGGCUUGCUCGUCCAAGUUACUUAGAAAAGACCCACGCGUGGGGUGUACCAUGGAAGAAACCACGUUGCAUGAAGAAUGUCAGUACGUUGCCGAGUUGGAGCAGAGGUGCGCUUGGGUUGCCACUUGUAGCGCAGUGACCUGGCAGCCCCGAUCGGGUCCGACUGUUCUGAGAUCAUCGGAUCGGCUUUAAAGCGCUAGGGCUGCAGCUACUCACCGUCGGCCUGAUAGAAGUUCGUGACGCUGGGUCGCAGGUUACAGUUGGCAGUUGCACUAAGAUUCAGCUGGGAGCUUAGUAGUAACAGGGGUGCUAUUUCCUGGUUGUCUACCUAGAUAGAGAGUCGUCUAUCAUGUCGGUACCAUACGUCCUCAAUUAGAUCAGACCAGUUGUGAACAUGAGUCUUUGCUUUGCUUCCUUCUGCUGCAUUGCAGUGGAAGGGUCUUUGCCACUACGUUCUCUUGUUACGUUGCACCGUUGUUAUGGCAAGAUGAGACUAACAUACCCCUACUUGUUCAGUAUCUG